AUGCUCUCAAAACGACCGAAGGAUCUCUACGAACUAUGGGGAGAGUAUGAGUUCGGAUUGAACGGAUUGAAACCGGCAAAAGAGUUCACAGCAGCUGAGCGUGGCGCCAACAAAUUCGCGUAUACUCGCCGCAAGGUAUUCUGGGACGUCGUCAGUGCAUUUGUUCGCACAGGCUUCACCAGCGACGUCGCCAUUGAUAAAAUCUACGCUGCUUACGGCCGGCAGCUAUCCGUGACUCGAAUUCUUACUGCACUCCGCACUGACAAGCACCAAGGUGGUCAUCCCUCGCUGCGUUUGUAA